AUGGUGGUUUUCUCUCAGAACAAGUUUUUGCGUUAUUUCUUUCUACUGUCUGACUUAAUGUGUGUCGUCUUAGGGCGUCUGGGGCGAGCAGAAAGCGAAGUGUCCAAGAGAGGAGUGCAGACCCGGGCUGAUGGAUUUCUAUCAUCAUGUGCUGACUGGGGUGCGUUGAUGAACGAAAAGUACAAAGUAGCAGCUUAUUGCAGGUCAACAACUGGCGGAUGGCGGUGGUCCGUGCUCAACCUGAACUCCUGUCUUGUCAACGUCCAGGGUGAACUCAAAGCGCAAGACGACGGGCUUUUCUUCCGCACAUGUGGCCCUUGCUGGCAUGACAACUCAACUUCAUCUUGGGCGAAUUAUGCGUGCAGUUGCGAGAUCUCGGCGGGAGCGGGACGUCAUACCGCGCAUGGGAUUGACCUCAAUAACCUUGUUGGGAAUGAUGACGGUGUCCUCUUCUGUGGCAAUCAAAGAACCCAUGGCGAAAUGGUGGACGAGGGGAGUGUCACUUGGUCAGGGCCUCACCUAUUCAUUACAGGGUCCUAG